CAGGAAGAGGAGAAGAUAAUGGCUAGAGUCGAGGUGGCACUUCUCUGACUGAACACAGCUGUAACAGCAGGACGGACUGUGGCCAGCUGUGACUACAGUCACACUACAGCCUGACGUGUCGGACGGACACACACACACACAGGUUGUUGUGUUACAUUGUGUGCUGGGAGCGGCUGCUGUUGUCGGUUUGUUGCUCAGUGUUUGACUCAGUAAAACACGUCAGUGACGGUAAAAUGUACCUUUAGACGUGUUAUGGAGGGUUGGACCGYACCGYACCGGACCGGACUGACCGUGUUGUAGUUUAGCUCCAAACCAAGUUAGCUUUACUGUCCGCGGUUAGCUUCGUGUUGUUGUUGUGUUGACCGGUUGUGGACAUGUCYUCGUGGCUGGGUGGACUGGGUUCUGGCCUGGGCCAGUCUCUGGGUCAGGUCAGCGGGAGCUUGUCCAGUUUCACCGGUCAGAUCUCCACCUUUACCAAAGACAUGUUACUGGAAGGUGUGGAGGAAGUGGGAGUGCGACAGACUGAAGAGGCUUUAUGCAGAACUGGAGGAGAAGUUGGAGGCAGCAGAGAUCCAGAAUAAACAACAGUCUGCAGAGUACAGAAGUCUGCUACAGCAGAAAGAUGUGGAGAUCAGUCAUCUCAAAGCUCGGCAGAGUGGACUCCAAGAAGAGGUGCAGAAGUUCCAGCAGUCGGCCCAGUCUGCCUCUUCUUCUCCUGCAGUUCUGCCUGUCAGCACGUCUUCCCUGACCUCCACCUCGUCUGUGUCCUCUGCCUUCCUGAGCCACGCCUCAGGCUCUCACCUUCACAGUGAUGACAUCGACAUCAGUGAUGUUCUUUGGUCACAACAAGAAAUCAACAGGCUGUCCUCAGAAGUCCUGCGUCUGGAGGCAGAGCUGGCUCACUGGAGGAGGAUGUCUCAG